AUGGAAGCUGAGAGUUUCGAAGAUGUCAAAAAACUUAUCUCCUCAGAGACUCUUGAGCUGAUACGCCAGCGUGGAAUCGCGCGAGCUGCAGACAUUAGCCAGCUAAUGUCCGAAUUUGCGAAGCCAUGCAGAGAAGCAAUAAAGGAAGAUCUGAAAGAGAGAAGAGCAGCAGUUUUGAAUGAAGCCGCAGAGGCUGGGAAGAGCAUUCGCAAAGCUCGUCGGAGCUUCGUCAAUUAUAAGACCAAGAUGACUUCCCUUCGUCGUACUGACGAACAGUUACUGCAUCUCGAAGGGCAGUGGAGAAUGUUAUCCACGACAUCCGCUCGGAUCUCUUUGAUAGCCACAUUUACCUGA